CACAGCAGGCAAUAACCAGCAGCUAUGGACAUUCUCACUGUACUGCCGUCCAGCUUUGGAUAUGCUAUAUUCACCUUCCUCUACAGCUGGAUUAUGCUGGUGUAUUUAGGAGUCAAGGUUGGGGCCGCCAGGAAGAAGUACGACGUUAAGUAUCCCACUAUGUACAGUGACAAGGAGCAGGUAUUCAACUGUAUCCAGAGAGCACACCAGAACACCCUGGAGGUGUACCCACAGUGGCUUGUUUUCCAGACCAUUGCAGCUCUUGUCUACCCGUUAUCAGCAUCUGUGCUGGGUGCUAUUUGGGUGACGAGCAGGUUUUCUUAUGCUUGGGGCUACUACACAGGAGAUCCAGCCAAGAGGAUGAAUGGAGCCUAUGGCUACAUUGGAUACUUCGGUGUCAUCAUUCUGUCUGUGUCUGUAGCCUUGCAAUUGCUUGGAGUCUUUUAAGAUACUUGUCAUCUUGUUUGCUCAUUAAAACUGGCUUGCAUGGCAUUUUCAAAUGUAACAACUCAAAAGUAGCUGUACGAUAUGUUAAAUGCUAAUUUCAAAUAAUGAUGCUAAACAUAUUUUUAUGGACCACUAACUUGAUAUCUUUAUAUUCCAGAAUUUGUUGUGAAUGUGUACUCAAUGUAAUCAUUGACAAUAAAGUUGAUGCUAACAGAAGCUACAACCCCA